CAUGAAAUCGCUGUGUCGCUAGGACAAAAUUUUCAAAAUGGCGUCACUAGAAGAAGCACUUAUAAAUUCUUUUCGCGCGUAUCCUGCUCUUUACGACAUGUCUUUAAAAGACUAUAAAGAUGAAAAAUUGAAGGCAAAUAUCUGGCAAAAGAUAGCCGAAGAAAUGCGUGCAAUCGGUUUUGAUUUCUCAGGUAAAUAGUCAUUUCGCAAAACAUGUUUUCUUAUCUCACAAUAUUUUUUGUCAGUAUCGUCUGACCCAGUCAAAUAAAUAUUUAUUUUUCUCUUAUUAAGCAAACGAACUAAAAGGUAAAAUGAAAAAUUUGCGAGACACAUAUAGGCGAUGCAAAAAGAAGCAUGAUGCAGCUAUCAAAUCUGGUGCUUCUGCUUCCUCAACACCAAACUGGGAAUUUUGGUCUAUUUUGACCUGGCUGGAUGAUUUCGCAAAACGACGCCAGACAAUCUCGAAUGUUGUUAUCACUGUGGAAGACCAACUUACGUCUUCUCAAAUCCAGGAAGACUCUGAGGAGAUAGCUGAGAGUGUGCUUGCUGACAGUCCAUCAAGCCAAUCAACAAAUUUGUCCAGCACAUCUGAAAUUGUACGAUGCAAGAAGAGGAAGGCUGAAGACAUGUCACCAUAUCAAACAAAGUUGAUUGGGUAUCUAGAAACUCUUCACAAAAAACAAGUUAAAGAGCCAGAGAGUCAAGAUGAAUAUAACUUUUUCGGAAAGAGUGUUGCUGAGCAAAUUAGGAAGCUACCUACUCCAUAUGCUAGGGCUAAAGCCAAGAAGGAGAUUCAGGAUGUUCUUUUUAAGCUGGAGUUUCCAGAAAAUUAGUUUGAGGUUUUUUAAGUGUUUCUGUUACAAUCAUUAUUUUCAAAUAAAAAAAAAACUAACAAAAUAAA